AUGGCAAGGAUCUCUUUGUUGUUAUCUUUAGCCAUCUCUCUAGCCCUUAGCUCAUUGUUCCUUUCCGUUGAUAGUUAUGAACCUCCGUCACCAUUAUUUCCAAAAACCGUAUCCGAACUCCAGACCUUACCCUUUGCCAAAAUCACUGAGAUCAUAAACCAUAAAGAAAAGUUUGCCCCAAAAACUGCCAAAAUUAAGGCAAUGUUCACAAUGUGCAAAGGCUAUGUCAAGUACCUUGAGAACCUCUACAAAUUUGGGAAGCCCAUCGUAGAUGUUUCUGGAAUUCUCAAGAACAAAUAUGCCCUAACAACGAAAGCUAUUCUUGCGGUGGAAGCUAGUAUUAGCGGUAAAGUCGAUAAGAAAACUUCCUUGAAGCUAAAGGAAAGCUGUGUUGGUUUUAUAAAGAGGCUUCGUCAUAUUCAAAAUGCAAUCUCAAAGAUCUCAGCCAAACAUAAUUACAAGGCUGAUGCUAACAUCAGCUUACGUGAAUCGAAUAAGAUUGGCGAUGCUAUACUAUAUUUCAGGAGUUCAAUCACUGAUUUCAUGGAUCUAGUUAACGAUUUUGAGGAACAGAAGGUGAAGAAAGUUGCUCAUCAUGCAAGAGCACUUGAAGAAGGAAGAGAAUUAGCCGAAGAAAAAGCAGGGAACAACACCACUGGAAAAGUCAACGGUUCGUACCAAAGUAAGUACGACAAGUAUUUCCAAUUCUUUGGUUCUUUCCUCGAAGGUAAGAAACACGGAAGAGAGUUAACCGAAGAACAAACCGGUGGAGAAAUCAACACCUUAUCAUGGAAGAAAACUACUAGAAAAUCAAGCAGGAGUCAAUGCCGGAGCUAUGAGCAGUGGGGAAUUUAA